GGUCCAACAUUGAAGAGACUUUUACGCGCGUUGAAUGUCAGAAUUGUUGAUUUGGGUACUUUGAGUCGUCAUGGCAAACUUAUGUCUUUUGUAUCUUUUCCCCGGACUGCUCCUGCCUCUUAUCGGCGGCCAACAGCCUCCGCGCGCCGGGCCUUGGCGGCACCGCAUCCAGUGGGAGAACAACGGCCAGAUCCACAGCCUCGUCAGCAGCGGCUCAGCGUUCAAAGCUCCUGCCAGGUCCAGGAGCCAAUCGACGGUCUACGUCAGCAGUCGGGACCGCACGGCGGCCUCAGAGUCCGCGUCACCCGCCGCCGACCACGCGUCCCGCCGGGCGCGCACCCGCGUCCGCCGCCCGAGGCCGGACCUCACCGGCAGCAUCAGCGCAUGGACCGACGGUCUCACCGUGGACGGCUCGGUGCCGCACACCAGCCGAGACGAGGAACCGUUCCAGUCCUUACGCGCGGACGUCAGCUGGCUUUACGCGCCCAGGACGCAGAGCUCCAUCCUGGCUCAUCCUGCGCCCUUCCAGCAACCAGGAGGAGACGCGUUUCCUCUGGAAGCGACGGGCAGCGACGUGGAGAGUAUGUUUAACGACGAUUCUCGGAACCACAACUUCCCCGGGAAUUCCGUCUUCUACAAUAUUUAUCCACCCAGCAGGGGACGACCGGGGACGCACACGCGGCGGCCUCCUGACGCAGGACACGGGACCACAUACUUCCAGAAUGGACUGCCUGACCUGCUGCCAGAUCCCUACGCCAUCCAAGCAGGUGCUUACGUGCAGCGCAUGCAGAUGUUUGCGUUACGUUGUGCGGCAGAGGAGAACUGCUUGGCCAGGUCGGCCUACGCUCCCUCAAUGCGAGACAUCGACUUCCGGGUCCUACUACGCUUCCCGCAGAAAGUGAAGAACCAAGGCACCGCCGACUUCCUCCCCGUGAAACCAAGGCACCAGUGGGACUGGCACAGCUGCCACCAGCACUACCACAGCAUGGAGGCCUUCAGCAACUACGACCUGCUGGACGCCGCCACGGGACGUAAAGUCGCCGAGGGACACAAGGCCAGUUUUUGUCUGGAGGACACGGGCUGCGACCCCGGGAUCAGGCGGCGCUACGCCUGCACAGCUCACAGACAGGGACUGAGCCCAGGGUGUCACGACCUCUACGCCGCCAACAUCGACUGUCAGUGGAUCGACAUCACCGACGUAGCGCCGGGGAAAUACAACUUGAAGGUGACCGUCAACCCCGACUUCCGCGUGCUGGAGUCGGACUUCACCAACAACAUUGUGAGGUGUGAGAUCACCUACACGGGGAUCUACGUUCAGACGCGCAACUGUCGAGUAACAAGCGGGUGAAAUCUCCCGGAAUUGUCCAGUUUCAACUUUUGACUUGCCGGUCAAUUUGAGUUGAAUUCCGACUAAAGAGGUUGCAUUUAUACAAUUUGUAUUAAGGGUGUAUGUACUUUGUAUUUAAUGUUCCAUAAGAUAUUUUGUUUCUAUUACGGUGCUAUGUUUAGUUGAUAAUAUUUUAAAUUGUGGGGUGCUCGGUUGUUUUCGAAAUGUCACCCGAUGUCACAGCAGUAGAGAUGUCCGAUAAUGGCUUUUUUGCCGAUAUUGUCCAACUCUUAGUUACCGAUUCCGAUAUCAACCGAUACCGAUAUAUACAGUCGUGGAAUUAACACAUUCAUCCAUCCAUCCAUCUUCUUCCGCUUAUCCGAGGUCGGGUCGCGGGGGCAGCAGCCUAAGCAGGGAAGCCCAGACUUCCCUCUCCCCAGCCACUUCGUCCAGCUCUUCCCGGGGGAUCCCGAGGCGUUCCCAGGCCAGCCGGGAGACAUAGUCUUCCCAGCGUGUCCUGGGUCUUCCCCGUGGCCUCCUACCGGUCGGACGUGCCCUAAACACCUCCCGAGGGAGGCGAUCGGGUGGCAUCCUGACCAGAUGCCCGAACCACCUCAUCUGGCUCCUCUCGAUGUGGAGGAGCAGCGGCUUUACUUUGAGCUCCCCCUGGAUGACAGAGCUUCUCACCCUAUCUCUAAGGGAGAGCCCCGCCACCCGGCGGAGGAAACUCAUUUCGGCCGCUUGUACC